AUGCAACAGCUGCUGAUGACACAGGAGACUGGAGGAGCCAAGGAUGACGCGGGUAAGGAGUAUACAAUGCAGCCUUAUCCCUCAAAGCCGAAGAGGCUUAUGGAAGCCUAUGCGAUGUCGUCAGCCACGACGUUCGUAAUGGCGGCGAUCGGUGGCAGACCGAAUGGCCUCGUAAUUGUAAAGGAGGACGAGAGUGAUCCUUUGUACCAUAAAGCAAAUAGAGGGUUGAAGAAAAAUAUGGAGGAGUGGAGACUAAUGAUUUUGUAG